AUGUCUUACUUCUUCUUUCACUUGAAGCUUGAGCUGUACCCGACACCAGCAGCAACAGCAACAGCAGCAGCAUCACACAGCUCUUCCACUUCCAGCUCCACCGAUCAGAUCUCCCCCCACCACAACCACCGCUUCACACCGCGGCCAGGCACCGACAUCUUCAGCAAGACCGCCUUCCCCGCCCAUCGAACGAGCAAGUGGCCCAGUCAGACCUUUGCGAAACGACCUCACUCACCAGCAGCAGCCUUUGGCUCGACGACGCCCACCCGCACUUCCUUCGACUCGUCGACAAAGCAUACUUUAUCCGACAACGAUCGCGGCCAGGAGUCGCAUGGUACCGCACUCCUCCUCCCUGAGCGCAGCCACAACCUGAGGAGAGACGUACUGCCACCUUCUCCGCGCAUUGCAGCAAAUACCAAGCACUCCAACGAGGCAGCUGCUACUGACUGGCGAUACGGCAAGGUGGAAAUAGAGAGCAUCGACAUGGAGAAGAGCAAAACCAGCAAUGCCGGUAGUCUACAUACCAAGGCAGUAUUCGUGCCAACAGACUCCAAGACGACAGAAGUAGGCUGGGGUGUAGUGCAUCUGUACCGCGAUCAAGAAGAGAGCAAGGCGCUGAAUGCAGACGGGAAACCACAGAAGAGUUUGGUCCGUGCAGCUCAGGAUGGAGGGCAAGACGCUGCCUUCGAUCCCGAUGACUGCUCGACGCUCUGCAUAUUGGCUGUACCUAGUUGGAUGAUGCCUUCAGACCUACUCAGCUUUCUGGGUGAGCAGGCGAGGGAGGACGUCAGUCACUUCAGGCUGAUUCGGACCAACAGAGCAAACAAGUACAUGGUGCUGUUGAAGUUUCGCUCUGCAAAGAAGGCACGCGACUGGCAGAAGGCAAACAAUGGACGGCUCUUCAGUGAUUUGGAGCCCGAGAAUUGCCAUGUAGUCUUCAUCAAGAGCGUCGAGUUCUUGUCGCCAGACGAAGAUGUCACGUCUUCCAGUUUCCCACACAACACUCAUGAUCCUUUCACAGCCGCGAAUGGCGCCAACUCGAUCCUUCUCAGCAAGCCGAUGCCCCCACCUCCUCCCAAUCUGCUUGAGCUGCCGACGUGCCCUGUGUGCCUGGAACGUAUGGACGAGACAACGGGUCUUCUCACCAUCCUCUGUCAGCAUGUAUUUCACUGUGCCUGCUUGGAGAAGUGGCGAGGCUCGGGCUGCCCCGUCUGUCGUUACACCCACGCCCCAUCAUACACUUUUCCCUAUCCUCGCCCUGGCGGAGCAGAAGAUGAAGAAAGGGAGACCAUGUGCUCUGUCUGCGCCGGCACUUCGAACCUGUGGGUGUGUCUGAUUUGUGGUAACAUUGGGUGCGGACGGUACGAUUCUGCUCAUGGCAUGGCCCACUACGAGGAGACGAGUCACUGCUACGCCAUGGACAUCAAUACCCAGCAUGUGUGGGAUUAUGCGGGGGACGGUUAUGUUCAUCGACUGAUACAGAGCAAACCACCAGCCACCCCUUCAGCAGCAGCAGCAACAACACACGAUCAUCAUGGCUCUGGCGGGUAUGUGGAUAUGCCACUUCGCCACCGCCACGAGAAUGAAGCAUUUCGAGCCGAAGGGGGCGACAGUGUUCCGAGAGAGAAGAUGGAGAACAUGGCGACGGAAUACACCUAUCUCUUGACGUCUCAGCUGGAGGGACAGAGACGAUACUUUGAGGAGCAAGUCGCCAGAGCAGUGGAUAAAGCGACGCAAGCGAGUCAACGAGCCGAAGAAGCUGCUGCACGGGCGGAGCAGAUGGAAAAAGGAAUGGCGACAAUGAGUGCGGCACUAGAGGAUGUGAAAGUCCAGUUGUCUGCUGCAGAGGCCAAGGUAGAAAAAGCAGAGAAGGCUCGAUCGAAGUUUGAGCAGAUGGCGAGGGAUAUGGGGCAUCGAUGGAGAGAGGAGAAGGCGAUGAAUGAGGGACUGAGUCAACGAAUCACCAAGGCGGAGGAAGAGGUCAAGAUGGCACAGGAGGAACGAGCGAAAGCGAUGGAGGAGAAGAAGGAUCUGGAGGAUAUGAAUCACGAUUUGACCAUGUUCAUCUCCAGUCAAGAAAAGGUUCGGGAGCUGGAGGCAGCUGGGGAGGAAGUCGUCGAAGGGCAUGCUUAUGCUCCUGAACAACAACAGCAACCACAGGCUGGGAGAGGAAAGAAGGGAAAGGGGAGGAAAAAGUAG